AUGAGGUUAGGAAGGAAAAGAAAGCUUAGCCCUAUAUUCAUUGGACCCUUUGAGAUUUUGAUUCAUGUGGGAGAUGUGGCCUAUAAGUUGGCCUUGCCACUUAGUUUGUUAGUUGUGCAUCCCGUGUUUCAUGUUACCAUGCUUCAAAAGUACAUGCCAAAUGAGUCCUAUGUACUUUCUCUUGAUUCAGUUGUGUUAGUUCCAAACUUAUCUUUUGAGGAGGAGCCUAUAGCAAUUUUGGAUAGACAGGUCCAGAAGCUUAAGACCACUGAGAUUUCUUCAGUGAAGGUGCAGUGGAAGCAUCAUUCAGUUGGUGAGGCGACUUGGGAAACAGAGUCAGAGAUGCGUGCUAGAUAUCCUCAGUUGUUCAAAGCUCUAGAUGUCGGGACAAGGAGACCUCAGAUUCGUGUUUUGACGAUUCCAUUGGGUCCAGAUGUUGAGUAUAAUUGA